AUGGCCUUUCCCCUCCCGCGGGGCAUCACGCCCCCGGAGAUCUCCUUCCUCGCGGAGAUGGAGAUGGUCACCAUCUUGCCUCGUCAGCGACUCGAGGGGCUUGAAUUACUAGGAGGCCCCGUCUCCCCCCUCCUCCCACCCCGACGCACCUCCCUCCCCCUCUGGCUCGCCCUCCUCCUCAAACGCCAACGCCGCGCCAACAUCCUCCCCCCGCCCUGGCUCCACCCCGAAUCCCUCGAACUCAUCCUCGAAAUCGAGACGCAAAACGACGAAUACCAGCACGCCUUCUCCCCGCCGCCUCCACUGCCCGGCCAGCCCGCCCCAGGCGAUCACCGUCGCGCUCCGCUCGCGACACCGCGCUACACCCCCUCCGGCGAGAAAUACUACCCUGCGCCGCCGUUUCUGCCUCAGAAUACAGCACGCGAUCACAUCCCGCCGGGGGAGCCGCCGGCACUACCGUUCCAUUGGUUGGAGGUAGGGACGAUGUUGCUGGAGGCGGCGAGCGAUGAUCUAGUGGAUCCGGAUCAGACGAGACGACUGUUGAAGGAGCUGAGGGAGGUGCGGAUGGCGAAGGUUAGGGCUGGUGUGGAUGUUCUGGAUGCGGCGGCGAUGGGUGGUGGGGGUGUUGCGUUGACGGGUGUGGGAGCUAUGGAGUUGGGAGAGGGGAGGAGGUUCAUUGCGGGGGUAGUGGAUGAACUGAGGCGCAUCGGGGCAUCGAAGGAACAGGCGAGGAGAGAGGAGAUGGCGGAGGAAAUGGCGAAUGGAGGGUAUGAUGGGACGCAAGACGAUGAUGAUGAAAUGGAGUUUUAG